AGCUUCCUGAGAACUGGGCUGAUAUGCAGGAGCCGUUGCUUGAGGGGAUGUGCUUCACUCUCAAGUAUCUAGGCAUGACGCUGGUAGAAAAACCCAAAGGAGAAGACAUGGCUGCUGCUGCCAUCCGCAGGAUCGUGGCCACGGCACGAGUUGGAGCUCGCAAGUUCCAGAAAGUGAUUCUGACGGUGUCUCCGAGGGGCAUCUCACUGCAGGAUGCAGACACGAAGGAGAUGGUGGAGAACAUAUCCAUAUACAGGAUCUCCUACUGCACAACGGACAAACUGCAGAACAAAGUCUUUGCCUACAUUGCCCAGAGCCAGGAGAGUGGGGCACUGGAGUGCCAUGCCUUCCUCUCACCCAAAAAGAAGAUUGCCCAGGCUGUGACUCUGACCGUGGCCCAGGCCUUUCAGAUGGCACUGGAUCUCUGGGAAGCAGCACAUGCAGGAGGAGGAAGAGGAGGAGGAAGAUGA